CGUUGAACAUGGCUGCCGCGAUGAAGGCGCAGAAAACGGGACUCCUGGAACUUCGGCUGAGCGUGGACCGCUGGGUCCGGGUGCUGGCCACGCUUACCGAGGACACGCUCACCGUGAACCCCGGCGAGGGCGCCGAGGAGCCGGCGAAGCCCAGCCCGAGUCCCGCAGGUGCUGUCAACGGAGACCCCCCGAACCUCAGCUCGUCCCCCGUCCCGGAAACCAUCAGCAACGUGAAGCGCACGGUGCGGGUCACCAAGCAGGACGUGGGGGGACUCGGGAUCAGCAUCAAAGGAGGAAAGGAAAAUAAGAUGCCCAUCCUCAUCUCCAAAAUCUUCAAAGGGCUGGCUGCUGAUCAGACUGAAGCACUUUAUGUUGGUGAUGCCAUCUUGUCUGUCAAUGGUUAUGAUUUACGAGAGGCCACACACGAUGAGGCUGUGCAAGCGCUAAAAAAAACAGGCAAAGAAGUCGUCCUUGAAGUGAAGUACAUCAAGGAGAUGUCGGCCUUCUUUAAAAGCCCCGGCUCCCCUGGAGCCUCCCUCCCAUGGGAUUCCCCUCCUGCUACACCCCAGAAAGGCUCUGAGCUCUCCCAUGCUGAGGUGAAAGACCCUCGUAGCAUCCCAGUGAAGAUGUGCCAGGUGUCACGGAAACAGUGCCCCCCGGACACAGAAAACAGGUAUUUUGAGGUUAUUUCAUCCAACAGAAAGAACUCUGUGUUUCUGCGGGCUAAAGACCCAGCUAUGGCGCAGUCCUGGUACAAUGCCAUUCAGGCUGCUGCUGUACACCUUUUACCACGAGUAAAGGAUGAAAUGAAGCAAAUGCAGCUUGGCAUGGAGGUCAAACAUCUGGGCUGGCUUUCAGAGCAGGUGUCUCAGGGUCCAGAUAAACCUGUCAUGGCUGUGUUGACAGACAAGGACCUGCUCCUGUACCCCUCUUUUCCAAACAGCAAAGAGAGCCUCAGCACCCCCAUCAAAAGCCACCCACUCAUCACCACCAGGCUGGUUCACUCUGGCCCAGGAAAAAGUUCCCCUCUUCUGGACUCGGAGCUGUCGUUCGGCCUGCGUUCAGGCACCAAGCAGGGCGUAGAGACUCAUGUUUUCCGGGUGGAUUCUGCCAAAGACUUGUCCACCUGGACCCAUCUGCUGGUGGAGGGUUGCCACAGUGCUGCUGAGCUUAUCAAGGAGGUCACUGCAGCCUGCAGCUGGAAUGGAAAAGACUGUACACUGGGAGUCCACAUCGACGAUGGUUUCACG